AUGGCCGUUGUUGCAGUUGCUGGUGGCCUUGGUGACCUGGGUCGCCUCAUCACGGAUGCCCUGUUCGAGACUGGCAAGUAUGAGGUAUACAUCAUGUCGAGAAAGGUUGUGCAAGAUCAACCCGGCCACAUAUCGCCAUUGACUGGCAAAAGCUACCUCCCUAGCAUUCAGACCGACUACUCCUCCCAGGAUUCUCUGGUUGAGAAACUCACAGAAAAACAUGUCAAGGUUGUUAUCUGUGCCUUCAUCAUGGAUUGUGAAUCCGCGUCCGAGGCUCAGCUACGCCUGAUCCGCGCUGCCAACCAGUGCCCCAGCGUUCAGCGCUUCAUUCCCUCGGAAUUUAAUGUUGAGUACGAUGUCGGCGACGACAUCCUCCCCUAUCCGGAAAAGAGGUUCCAUCUUGCCGCCCGGCGAGAGCUGGAGAAGACAAGCACGCUCGAGUACGCAUACAUCUACCCGGGCAUGUUCAUGGACUAUUUUGGCCAGCCGCCGGUGAUGGGCAAGCUCCGUCCGCUGUGCUUCUUCGUCGACCCGGCCAACGGACAGGCGGUGCUGCCGGGGGACGGAGAAGCGAAGAUGAGCAUGACCUUCACCACAGAUGCUGCGCGGUACGUUGCGCUGGCGCUCGAGCUGGACCGGUGGCCGGCGAUCCUGACGACAGCGGCAAGCACCGUCUCGUUGAAUGAGCUCGUCAGGCUCGUGGAGGUGAACCUGGGUCGGAAGCUCGAGGUGCGCUAUCAACCGGUCGACAAAUUGCUCAGGCAUGAGACACUCGACCUCCCGACGAAUGUGGACAUUGCCAAGCGGUUUCCUCAGCGGUUUCCUCAUGGAUUGCCUCAGCUGCGAGCGCUAGUCGCCGAUCUCGAAGCCGGUGUUGCCCUCGGCGCAUUUGAUUUUGGGAAGUUGGAUGGGCAUCUCGACCUCGUCAAGGCGUUUGAGGGAAAGGUCGCCAAGCCAAAGCGCAUCGAGGACGUGAUAGAGGAGGCUUGGAAGACAGAUUUCAGCCAGUGA